AUGCCCACAAGAGACUCACAAGAAUUUAACGCCCCCGACGCCGAUAUCAUCUUCCAAUCAAGCGAUGGUGUGCGAUUCCACAUCCAUGCGAAGAACCUCGACGUAUCUUCCGGGGCAUUUCCUCCAGUCCCACCAAAGGGAGAAGCGGGAUCGGGUCUUUCAGUGGAUGAAGUAGUACCCCUCCCAGAAUCCUCCAAAGUCUUGGAGGUCCUCUUCGCCUUCAUGUACCCCCGUCGCCACCCUGAUCUCGAAGAUAAAGCAUUCGAUGAUGUAGCAGAGAUCGCUGAAGCUGUUGAGAAGUACGAAGUCUAUCCAGGGAUGAACGUAUGUCGGAGAAGAAUGAGGGACUUUGUCAAAACGCAUCCGAUCCAAGUGGCCCUAUAUGGUGCUCGACAUGACUAUAUCGAUAUCAUCAAGGAAACUGCGCCCUACGCCGUCGCACUUCCUUUGUCUAAAGUAAUCCCUAAUCUCCCGCCUAGACUCGUUCUUCCAUGGAUCAAGUACCACGAGGCUUGGGACAAAGUUAGAGACGCCUUCUUUUAUUUCACAAGCAACGACCAUGACAUCCUUAGAAUCAAUGACAUCAGAUACUGUUACAACAGUGGUGUUUGGAGGGAUAUCGUAGGCACGAUAACCAGGAGAUAUCGAAAAGCGAUUGCAGCGUCGAGUUCAAACCCGCUUUACGAUCUUGACGCACUGUUCAAUCGGGCGUCCGAGAUGGAUUCCACCUGCUGUGCAGGUGCUUUGAAAACCUGGAAGAAUGCAGUCGCAGCGGAGAGAAACAAGAUACCCGGAUUCGCCGAUUUUAUCAGCCGCCAUACACAACUAUGA